CGUCACUCCCUCCCGAGACAGGAACGUCCCACGCAACUGCCUACAUCAAUUAACGAGGCUUCCAAUCUUGUUCCUCCGGUGGUCAUCAGUUUUCAACUUCGACUGUUAUACAGCCCUUAUGGAGCAGAGACCUCAGUGUCAGACUUGCGAACGCCUCGGCGGUCUAAUGCUACGUACUAUAGCUCGCAGGAACUAUUUGUUUGAUAUAUUGCUUGCAUGGCAUCUUGUUGAGUUCCAACGCAACAAAGAUUGCCCUGUAUGCCAGUUUUUGAUGGCGAAGAACCAUGCCGCGAAUUUCAUAAAUUCCUCGACUUGGUUCCAUCUUACGAGCUUGCGCCUCAAGCUGAUCAUUUCAUUCCGGUCGAUGCUAGCUGGAUCGAUUUGAGUCGACCACGUCUCUGGACCUCCUUUUGCGACCAUCACCAUGGAGGGAUAUGCCAUGCACUCCCUGCCUGGCAGAACACAUCCUGGCCAAGUUAUCUCAUCCUCAUCGAUGUUGAACAUCUCUGCCUAAUCGAGAUACGCAAACCAGUAACAUAUGUGACGCUGAGCUAUGUCUGGGGAACGAUCCCCGGUGUUCUUGAGACAACCAAGAGCAACUUCAAGGACCUUCGGAUUCAUGGAGCGAUGAUGCAUCAGCGAUAUCUCUGGGUCGACAGACUGUGUAUCGUCCAAGAUGAUCCAAGCUCCCUCGAGGAGCAACUUGGCCAUAUGUCGUCCAUCUAUGCAAACUCUUACUUCACCAUCAUAGCCGCUGAUGGGGACGAUGCAGAUUAUGGCUUACGUGGCAUUGGAGGUGGUUCUCUCCCUCGGUCGUACAAUCAAAACCUCCUCAGGUUCACAGACCAUUGCAUUAUGAUGGCCCGCCUCGAAGACGAGACUCAGCACAAUUCGCGUACAACAACAUGGCACAGGCGUGGAUGGACCUUCCAGGAGCGGAUUUUAUCACCCAGGAACGUUGUCUUCUUCAGGGGUAGGCUGCUCUGGGAAUGCCGCAAGUCAAGGUGGUCAGAGGACGUUGCCGCCGAGCCAGAUGGAGUAAUGACAACCACGUCAAAAUCAGCUAUAGGAGGCGGCCACUACAACUUUACGCAUUCACGGUGGCCGGAUUUGCGUCAGUAUGAACACCUAGUGUCAUCCUACAGCAGACGGCUCCUUACAUACCCGUCUGACGGCCUCAGAGCCUUCUCGGCCAUCCUUGCCAGGCUGAGCCGCACCUUCAAAGGAGGUUUCUUCCAUGGGCUUCCGGAACUGUACUUUGACUAUGGGCUGUUGUGGUACCCCAGCACGCCAGUCAUCCGACGGACAGACCCAACUCGGGCAACCUCGUUCCCCAGCUGGUCGUGGGUAGGAUGGCAAGGAAAUGUCACUACUGGCUACCUCGGAUUAUCAAGUCAACUUGUUCUGGAAGAGAUGGAAGGGAAGAACCAAGGACAGAUGCUUGUUUCGAUCCAUCCAGUGGUGUCUUGGCAGAAGACGGACCGCCAUACAGGAAAGAACCAUCUCAUCAUCAAUGAGUACGAAUCUUGGAAGAACUAUGCAAACGAUUCUUCUCUGGAGACACCCCCAGGAUGGUCGCGAGUCCAAAUAGAUACUAUUCCAGAAUCCGCGAGUCCCGGACUGUCACGGAGAAACUGGAGGAGUGCUUGCGUUUGCUGGAGGAUGUGGCCGGUAGCAACACGGUGGCGUCGGCGAUCCGCAGACAAAGGAACCUCAAGGCUGGUCUUCAGGCAUCGAGACAUCCCGGGAGUUAACUUCCGGUUUCCGCUGCCAAUUGGGCCCUGGAGUGCAGAAUCAGGAGACGACCGCUGGGAGACGCAAUUAUCCUUUGAAUCAUCCCGUAUAUUCGCCUUUGUGGGAACUCGGCUACGCGACAGAGCGUCCCGAGUAGAUAUGAAGAUUUGGUGCAACAUAGCGAUGCGAAACGUGCCGUUCUGUGUUGAGUGCACUCUGGUUGACGCAGACUCCAGAUCGGUGUGAACUUGUCAUGAUCUCUGGCGGAAUCGCAAACUUGGGAGGCCAGAAGCGGGACACGGGGCUUCUGUCUGAAGUUGGGGCUAUUCCUGAGAUGAAGGAUGUUGAUGUCUAUGAAUUCUAUAGCGUCCUCUGGGUGGAACGAGACGGAGAUUUCACCUAUCGGAAGGCUCUCGGCCGGGUAUGGAAACCGGCGUGGGACAGGCUGCAUCCCGAGCACGUGCAGAUGGUUCUCUCAUGAGUGGUUUGGUUCAUGGAAGAUGUGGACAACUGUCUCAAGGAACCCCAUGACGUCUACCCAUCAACAGGCGAGCAAAUCGCAGAGCGAAGCUUUUCUGGAGACCGCUGUAAAGACGGUCAAACACUAUUAUUGA